AUGGCAUAUCUGUGGCAGGCACGGCAAAGACAACGCAUCUACAACCAAAGAAGCAUGGCCAUGGGAUUGUCUGGCGUAGUCAUGGGGCUUGGGGCAGCCUUAGCCUGUGCCUUGCCACGCGCCAAAGUGCGAGUAGCCGGUUCCAUUGAGAUCCCUCUGCCGAUAUACAUGGCGGGCUUUGCUCUCUACGAUGCCGCCAUGCUGGACAAGGCCACCUCAACAGUUGCCCAUAGUGCUCACCUUGGUGGACUACUAUUCGGGGCUGCAUAUUACCUCACUUUCCUCCGCGAGGCUCUCCCACUCGGCCGCCUGCUGCGCUGA